GCAUCGGUUACUACCACCGAAUCAGAUAAUCAAGCAGAAGCAGAUGGAUGCCACUAGAAUUUUGGCACAAGGAGUAUUUGUGUUCCUUGUUAUUACGUGUGUGGGAGCCGAGAGCGAGCCCAGAACCAUUUUGGUUGGAGACUCUCAAGGUUGGCAAGCCGGCACUAACUACACCCAAUGGGCCAUCCAAAAUAGCCCCUUCCACAUCAAUGACACACUUCUGUUCAAGUAUCCAGGGAAUUCCACGACGCUGGCUCAGAGUGUGUACUUACUACCAAACCAGUGGAGCUACAUAACGUGCGAAUUCAGAGGGGCAAAGCUGCUGGGUAACGCAACUGAGGGUGAUGGUGAGGGCUUUAAGGUUGAACUUAAUCAGUUGAAACCUUAUUACUUUGCCUCUGCGGAAGGCAACUUUUAUGACUGCAUUGCUGGCCUUUCAAAGUUCAUUGCUGUGCCAUCAACAAGCUCUGGCUGAAUCCUUAAUUUCUCAUCCUUUGCACCAACAAAUUAAGUAAUUUGCAUCUGACACUAUUGAAUUCCAAAAUUAAAUAAAUGGAUCCGGGAUCCUCAUCAGCCAAACAUUGUACGGGUGUUAUGCUAUGUUAAUGCACCCUUGGUCCUAGUAUAUUUUCCUUUUUUAGUAUGAUGUAUUAUUUUUGUCUCGUGUUCAAUAAAACUGCAUUUGGUUUGGUAUU